AUUUCUCUCACGCAGGUAAAUUUAGCGUCGCCCAUAAGGAGGCAUCUCUCUUCCGGUGUACAAUGAACCGAAUCCUCGUCCCAAUCCUCGUCAGUCUCAGUCCGAGAACGGAACAGAGAAGUUUGUAGCUGUCUUGCAACUGUCGAUCGUUCGUCCUCCGCCAAAAUGUGUGUUUCGAUGUUUUUGAUUCUCUUUCUGAUGGCCUCGAACAUUGCGGGCCAGGAUUUACCAUACGUUUUGGAUAUGCCAUCACAGUCGAGCGUCGCAACGAAGACUCCUGCAAGCAGCACGUUUACCGCGGAGGCUCUUUCUACGGACCAAACUGAUGGUCAGACUGAAAAAGAGCAGAUCAUCCGCCGCGAGGAUUCAAAGACAGAUCCCUUGAGCGAUGACGACUUCAUCACUGUGGAGGACCUCAACGAUAUCGAUGUACACGAAGUCGAACCAAUCCUCGACCAGACAACCAAGGAGAUUCGCGAUAAAUUCAUCGAGACUCCUACUUUCGAAGAGGAGUACAACGAAAAUAACGCCAAAAAAGAAGAGCACUACUCGAGCACACCAGACGAAAAUAUGCCCCAGUCUUCUAUUCCGAUCGAAGCAACCAAAACUCCCCGGGUUGCGAUGACGCUGGUCACGACUAAUUGGUUAACGCUUCCGUCGGUCUAUCUUUCCAUCUACCGGAGCCAGGCGCAGACGUACAAUACCAACAUGCAUUAUUAUUACGACUCGUCGACGGAAAUCUUGGAAGAAGAAAAUGAAUCAUUAGAGGCAGAUCAAGAGAAACCAGUCGAUCAGCAGACGACUGCAGAGAUAUCGAGCGACGAUAGGGAUCAUAUGAUAGACGAUACCAUCACUGCUACCAAGAAGAUAAUGGAAGAUGCGAUGCUUCAUAAUCUCAACGCCACUGUCGUCGAGAAUUUGAUGGAGACAAGUUUAUACAUAAUGCACGUGACAAUGGAUGUCCUUUUUAAGAUGAUGUAUAACUUGAUGGAAAGUAUGAUGUCGAUGGACCAUGGGAGAGAAGUCGAUCGAACCAAAUUCAAUCGUACUGUAAAGGAUCCGUUAGUCAUACGUAUGUAGGGAUUUUCAGAAUACUUAUGCGACGUACGAGUGUAUUUUUUUAUUUUUCAAGCUUUAACAACGAUAUUGUCAACCGAUAAUUUUUAUUUAAUAAACCUAUCUGUGAACAUAA